AUGGCCAACGCCCUCUACAAUCUUUACCGACUGGCGGGUCCCGCCGCAGCCGGUGUUCUGCUGUUCAACGCGUCCAUCUACGAUGUCAAGGGUGGAACACGAGCCGUCAUCUUCGAUCGGUUGUCUGGUGUGCAGGAGCAGGUCGUCAAUGAGGGAACACACUUCUUGAUCCCAUGGUUGCAGCGGGCAAUCGUCUACGAUGUGCGCACAAAGCCUCGCAACAUCUCCACAACAACCGGUUCCAAGGAUCUUCAGAUGGUCAGCUUGACGCUGCGCGUGCUGCACCGUCCGGAAGUGCCGAGACUGCCGCAAAUCUACCAGUCCUACGGUACCGAUUACGAUGAGCGUGUUCUCCCCUCCAUUGGAAACGAAGUCCUCAAAGCUAUCGUCGCCCAGUUCGACGCCGCCGAGCUCAUCACCCAGCGUGAAGCCGUCUCCAACCGUAUUCGCACAGAUCUUCUUAAGCGUGCUGCGCAGUUUAACAUCGCCCUGGAGGACGUCUCCAUCACCCACAUGACCUUCGGAAAGGAGUUCACCCGUGCCGUCGAGCAGAAGCAGAUCGCCCAACAGGAUGCCGAGCGGGCACGAUUCAUCGUUGAGCGUGCUGAGCAGGAGCGUCAGGCUAGCGUUAUCCGUGCGGAGGGUGAGGCCGAGUCUGCCGAUAUCAUUUCCAAGGCUGUUGCCAAGGCCGGAAGUGGCCUGAUCGAGAUUCGUCGUAUCGAAGCUAGCCGCGAGAUUGCUCAGACUCUUUCCAGCAACCCCAAUGUCACAUAUCUGCCUGGUGGUGAGGGUAAGGACGGUGGUAAGAGCACUAGCCUCUUGCUUGGAUUGCGGAAUUAA